AUAUACGUAGAGAUGUCAACGAUACUUUUUACCGGUACAAAAUGCCGCGUCUACAGUCCAAAAUUGAGGGCAGAGGAAAUGGCAUUAAAACGGUGAUCCCCAAUAUGUCAGAGAUUGCAAGGGCACUAAGUCGCUCACCUUUAUAUGUAACAAAGUUUUUUGGAUUUGAAUUAGGAGCACAGACGACUACGAAUACGGAUGCAGAUAGAUAUAUUGUAAACGGAGCUCAUGAUGCAGAGCGACUUCAAGAUUUACUUGACGUUUUUAUUCAAAGAUAUGUGUUAUGUAAAUCAUGCAAAAAUCCGGAAACAGAUAUUAUCAUUUUGAAGAACGACAAGAUUGUUAGGGAUUGUAAAGCAUGUGGGCGACAAAGUGAUGUACCACAGAAUACGAAACUUGCAAGCGUUAUAUUAAAAAAUCCUCCUAAAAACAGUAAAAGUAAGAAGAACAAAGUUAAAAAUGAUACAUCAUCGGAACAUGUAAAUAUUGAGAAAGAAGUGGAAUUUAAUGAUAACUUUAUACAUACAAUAACAGCUUCGGAACAAUCACAUUCAGAAGAACAUCAAAUUGAUGAUUAUUGGACAAUGGAUACGAGUGAAGCAGCGGUAAAAGCACGUAUGCAUGAAUUGGAAGAAAAUGUUAAGGCAAACCUUAUUCUUUAUGAUGAUGAGGAGGAUGAUCCAGAUGAAAGUAAUCCAUAUGAAGAAUUUGGAACAUGGGUAUCAGAAAACUUUUCAGCAUCAAAUAUCGAAAUAUAUAGGAAAGCUCAGGAAUUAAAGAUUGAGAGUAAGCAUAAAACAGUCGCAGUUCUUGCUCAAACAGUAUUUGAUGAACGUAUCCUUGUUCAAAUCAAAAAUAGAGCAAGUCUUUUCCGAAAAAUUAUUAAAGGACAGGAAAAACAUGAAAAAUCACUUCUUGGAGGAACAGAACGAUUUAUCGCUAUAAACCAUACGGAACUUCUUCCUCUUAUUCCUAAGAUUCUUAUGCAAUAUUAUCAGAGCGAUAUUCUAUCCGAGGAAGUAAUUAAAAAAUGGGCGGGUAAAAUUAGCAAACGUUAUGUAGAUAAAAAUAUAGACAAGAAAAUCAAGAAAGUUGCUGAACCAUUUCUUCGAUGGUUAGAAGAAGCUGAUGAUAGUGGUUCAGAAUCAGAAGAAUCGAAAUAAUGUAUUUAUAUUCUCUUAUCAUCUUUUAAUGCUUCAACUUCUUCUU